UUUGUGACGUCACGCGCUUGGGUUGCUGGUGAUGGUUGUGGUUUUGGAGCUGUGUUGAUGAUGCUCGCAGAGAUGAAACGGAGCAGGAGCUUCAGCUUUGGAUUCUUCUGAGAGUUUAUCAGUCCGUCUUUGGCGCCGAGGAUCAUGGAGCUUGUUGAACAGUCCGUCUCUGGCCUGUUUCUCGCUGAAGGAGCCGUCGUGCCUUUAGCUCUGCAUCACGAAGCUCCUCCUGAAACGUCGCUGGACCAUUCUGCGCAUGGAGACGUCAGAGAGAGUACAAUGACGGUGCAGAUCACCAGCCUGGAAGGGCAGAAACUGGAGUUUCCCAUUCCAUUAGAGCGGAUAAUAGAGCCGAUAUCACCGGCUGAGGUGCCGCUGGAGGAGAGUGAGCUCCUAGUGUCACAUAAUGAGACUCUAAUAGAGGAAUCAGCAGGUUGUGAUGAUCCCGAAGACCAUCACGUUCAAUCUGCAUCAGAUAUCAGAUAUAUGCCCAGUGAAAUAAUGGCAGCUACAGAUUUAGUAUUAGUCUCGAACCCCACAGAACCAUGCACCAGGUUCGAACUUCAGUCAGAACACACAGAAGAACAAGUGGAUUCAACAGUCUCCACAGCCUUAUACCCAGACGCCCUUCUAGAUCCAGGUGCUCAGGCUGAAGAGCCUACAUGUGAAAAUGGCAUCUCUGAAGGAUCACCAUCAAACUCCUCGUCCCUGAGCGAUGCGGGGAAAUGCAAAGAAGUUAAGAGCAUCCGAAAGAGGAUUCCUCCAAAGAAGGACAGAAUGGAUCCACUGAAAAUGGACAUGUCCAAACCCACUGUGAUCCCCCUCACUUCAUCUCAGCUGUCACUGCAGUGCCUAGAGUGCCACAUCAUCUUUAGCGACGACAAGAGCAAGCAGAGGCACCUGAAAAUGAACCACCCCACCGAGUACGAGCAGUUCAUCCUUGGCGACUCGUACUUUGCGUGCUACGUCUGCGACCGGCACUUCACCUGCUCCACCGAGCUGAUGGCGCACCAGCGCACGCACACCGAGAAGCAGCCGUUCAAGUGCCCGGUCUGCGGCGAGGCCUUCAGCCGCUCGUCCGAGCUCACCACCCAUAAGAAAGUCCACCUGAACAAGCAUGGGUACGACUGCCCGGACUGCGGCAAGAUCUGCAAGACCCUGACCCUGCUGAAGUACCACCAGCGCAUACACACCGGGGAACGGCCCUACGUCUGCCUGCACAAAGGAUGUGGCAAGAGGUUCAGCAUGCCCAAAGCUGCUCAGAAACAUCAGGAAGCACACGACAGAGGCGAGGCGGUGGGCACAAAGAAAAAGAGCAAGUGCACAUCUGCUAAGAACUAUGCUUGCUCACAAUGUGAACAAUCCUUCCGGACGGCCAAGUCACAACUUCUCCACAUUCAAACUAAGCACAUGCAAAAUAAAUCCAUUACUUUCUCCAGCAGCUCUGUAGCAGGACAAGAGUUAAACGGAAAUCCACAUGAUACAACUCAGCCUGCAGCACUGCAACCUCCAGUGCUACGCAUGGAAGCCAUUGGACCAGCCCCCCAAAUAGGGCCACUCGGAGCUGAACAAAUUAAACGAUUAAUAGAGAAAUUGGGAAACGUCCAAAAAGUGAAUCAGCUGGUGAUACUGGGAGUCGACCAAAUACAAAACGCGCCGUUGCACUUUAACUUUACUGAACCUGCAGCAGCUCAGUCAGUAGAAGAGCAGGAAACAAGGGACCAAACAGAAGAACAGCCAGUGCAUGAGGAGACCGUUUCAGUUACAGCUGAUCAGACCACGUGCAAAGAGUCUUUAGUGGUUGGGGUGACUGUUGAACAAGAGGAAACUAUGGUUCAGGAAGAAAGAGCUAACAGUGAAUCACUUUUAUCUUUGAAUCCAGAGAUACAGGUAGCAGCUGCUGAAUCGGAUAUGGCGGUAGCGCAGUUAAGCGAGGUUCAACUCCAAUUUGUACCGCAACUGACUGAACAGUCAGAUAUAACCCUUCCUCAGCUAGAGGUCUAUCAUGAAAACACCCAAAUAACAGAAGAACAGAUUAUAGAAGUUGCUUCCGAUGUCAACACUGUGGAGAGCAGGGAUCUCUCGUCUUUAAUCCCCGCAAAUAACUGUGAAAACGGCCAGUAUCAGAAAAUUGAAGAGGAACAUGUGACCAUGUCAACAGACAUCAUGUCUGCAGAAGAGAUCAUCACCCAUGAAGAGUCUCUGGAGAAGCACAAAGCUGAUGAGUUGUUGGUAGAAACAGAGACACACACUAUUGAUGAUUGUCAAGACCUCAAAGAACAGCCAGAACAGUUGUCCCAAAACGAUUCAGACCUCAAGAAACAGUCAGAACAGUUGUCCCAAAAGGAUCCAGACCUCAAGGAACAGUCAGAACAGUUGUCCUAUAUAGAUCAGGACCUCAGAGAACAGUCAGAAGAGAUAUCCCAAAAGGAUCCAGACCUCAAGAAACAGUCAGAACAGAUUUGCCAAAAGGAUUCAGACCUCAAGGAACAGUCAGAACAGAUGUGCCAAAAGGAUAAAGACACCAAACAGACAAAACAGUUGUUCCAAGAGGAUCAAAACCUCAGUGAACAGUCUGAAGAGUUGUCCCAAAAGGAUGAAAACCUUAGGGAACAGUCAGAAAAGUUGUCUCAAAAGGAUAAAGACCUCAAUGAACAGCCCGAACAGUUGUCCCAAAAGGAAACUACCUUUUCAGAAUCAGAGAUGACUCAUCCAUCUAUUGACAGUGUGCACCAUGACCAAGAAAUCUCCUAUUUAGAUCAGGAUUCCGGUAAUACAGAAGAUACACAAUCAAGCAAAGUGGUUAUAGGCGAACCGAAUCUGGCAAAUGUUGGCAAUGGCCUCCCAAAAAAGAAGCUAUUGCCAAAAAAGAAGAAAAUCACUAAAAAACAAGUGUCCAAGAAACCACAAAAGGAAGUUGCAAAAAUCACUUCACAGGCGACCCCUAAAAAGAAAGCUAAAAAGCCAUCAAAAACGGUACCAAAAAAAACACAGAAGGCAAAAAGCAAGAAACUGUCCAACUUGCAAACUACAGAGAAGAAUCAAGUACCGUCUGGACCUAAAGAAAACCUAAAGGAAAAAAGUCCAAAACAGCAGAUUGUACAAAUAUCAAAGACUUCAAAAAUUCCAAAUCUAUUAAAAGAUCAGCAAGACGAAAAUGCAGAUCAAGUGCAAACGUCUUCACAAAAUGACAGUUCAUCACAGAUGAAGCAGAAAAAUCAGAAACAGAAAAAAGGAAAGACUGGGGAAAAUUCUUCUGACCUCCUUAAGAGCGUUAAUGUUCCCAAUGAUCCGAAAGAGCCAAGCGUGCCUGAACAAACACCUCGUGGGAAAUUUCCGAAGAAAAAAACUGAAAAACAGAAAGAUUUAGUAAAGAAAAGAAAAUCUCAGGAGACUCAUCAAGAUGAAACGCCAACGCCGAAGAAAAAGAAGCAAAGCAAGACACCAGAGUCAGUAUCUCCAAAGAAAGUAAAAGUUAAAAAUGGAACAGUGAAGAAACCGAAGCUGUCAAAACAAGCAGAGAAAGAGCAAAAAAAUAGUUCUCCAACUUCCAGUCCAGAGCAGAUAAAGCAACAAGCCUUGCUCUUAUUGAAAGGUCAUAAGCAGCCACAGCUGAAAGUGCACAAGCUAGACGCCAAGACCACGGGAUUAGAGCAGCCACCGAAACCUAAGAGUCAAACCAAGGAAGCGUCAGAACAGGAGGCUAAAGUGGUGAAGGCAAAGGGAGGGAAACAGAAUAAAGUUCUGCAGACAGCAAACCAGAAUAAAAAGAAAGCAAAAACAUUGGGAAAAGAAUCGAAAAAGAAAAAGAAGGAUGACCCACAUUUCUCAUUGGCGCCUGUUGACGGUGUUACAGAUUCUGAACUCUUACAGACAAAGCCGAAGGUUCCGCGGAAACGGAAAGCUCCUACAAAAAUCGACCAGGAAAUUGCGCUGAGCCCUCCCUUCUCUCGGCUCACGAUCGGAUGCCACGACUGUGGGACGAAGUUCUCUGAGGUUUCUGCUUUGCAGGAGCACAUGGCUUCAAUGCACUCUGAAAAUGGACUCCUUCAGUCGAGCGUAGGCUGUGAUGAUUCUGAGAACCUAAUGAUGAGCCCUAGAUCAAAUGAACUGGUACUAACAAACUCGCAUGACAAUCACCCGCACGACUUUGAAAUACAGGUAGCUUCUGAUUGGGAAAUGGAGACUGAAAUGAGGGGGAUUGGUCUGGGAGACGUGGAUGUCCAUAGACUCUCCUUCCCUGCCCUCAGUUCUUCUCCAUCGUUGCCAGUGGCGUCAACCUUUGCUGAAGGGGAGGGCAAAGUUCAAGACAGGGGUGAUCAAGAUGCACAUUCUAAAAAUCUAGAAACCAUUGGUGAAGAGUCCACUGAAAGUUCCCAGGCUUUCACUCAACAAGUGUCAUCCACAUCAUCUGACCACAUUCAAACAAAUGGCAAGGAGUCGCUUUCACAAAGCUUGAUUUCUGAUCCACAGGAAAGCAUGGACAUUAAAGAAGAGUUGCCCUCAGAUGUGAAUUUGGUCAUGGUUGAGGACCAAAGUGAGGAAGAUGUUCCUACCCAAGUAAAUGACUCUAGUCUAUUGGUCGAUUGUCCUGAAGACUCAACUGGUCAACAGAAAGAAGAUGAAUCAAGUCACAAUCCACAGAUCCACACAGCUACGUCACCUCAAAUCAAGCUUCCUGCACAACAAGAAAAUUCAACCUCUCAACACACUGAUACCCAAACAGUGAUCAAGCACGAAGAAGAGGAGAUGCUGGUUCAGGAAGCAGAGAACCAAUCGAAGCCUUCCAUGGCGAGAAAUCGAAAAGGGCGAGGUGGCAGAGGUAGAGGAAAGAAACAGCUUGGGAAAAGAAGCGCUGCAGAAAACGAUGGUACCAAAGAGCUGGAGGCUGAUAAAGAAGAAUGUCAGGUAGUCUUCCAGAUGUACUCUCUCUCAGACGACUGCGAGGAGAAGAACGAAGGAACGGACCGACAAAAACGAGUGAAGAGUGUCGGCACAGUUCACAGCCGGUCAGCACUGGAGAAAUCCUCCGAAAAUCAAGCUGUUUCUGAUGCACAACCUGAUACCACAGGAGUUACAGAAGAGACGCAAGCGGAGGACAGUUCACUGAUUCAAAAGUCUGGGCAGCAAGACAGGAAUGGUACUUCGUCUGCUGCGGUCAUUCACAAAAUCUUGGCAGCUCAGGAAAGGAAAGGCGGCAGGACUAGGAGACAGGAUAUUGAAGGACAUACCUCCACUGGCACCUCUAUGGAUGUGAAAAAAGAAGCCGCUGCUCCAGUUCCAGCAUCCCAUGAUGUCCACCCUAAUGAGAGAGAUUUGUUGCGAGGGGUCCAGGUGUUUCUGGUGAAGUCAGAGGAUCAUGAACCCAAUGUUUUACAGGGAAUCCAAGAUAUGGAAACAACAGGUAAGUCAGGUGGGAUUCCCUCCGGCUCCUCUACUGUGUCUCAGUCUGCCGGCAAGCAGUGCAUUUUCUACCCUGUUAAGGAGGAGGAAAGAGAAAUACUGGUGGAACCUGCACUUGACAAACCAGGGGUACCAGAGGAGAGGACCAGGAGAUCAGGAUCAUGGGCUUCGUCUGCUUUACAGGAGUGCGAAGAAGUCCAGAUGGGAUGCACACAAAUGGAAUUGCAUCAUACUGUGUACUCCAGUGUUGAAGAAGAUGAAGUUGGCACUGAGCAACAGAGCUCCAAAGGCUUUCUAGAAUUCCUAUCUCAGAGCUCAGACUCGGAGGACACUGAUAACUUUCAGUCUGACCCAGAGGCUGAAACUCAUGUAAUGUCUUGUUACAAUGGAAUCUGCAUCAACAGAGGCGUACAGCAACAUGAAACGUCCAGAAAUAGAAGUUCACAUGCGGAGCACCAAGAGAGAGGAAGAAAUACAUCCUGGAAGCCCAUUGACUACUUCAUUCAGUAUUUCAGUUGGGAUACAUGGAAAGAAAUCGCAGAGUGCACUGGGAAAGCCUCAAAACUGCCAGAGCCUGUUACUGAAAAAGAGGUGGCCCAAUUUGUUGGAAUCCACAUUGCAAUGGGUACACUCAAGUUUCCGAGUAUGAAGCUGUACUGGGAGGACUGCACCAGAGUUCCCCUGAUCGCUGAUGCCAUGUCGUCUUCAAGAUUCUCUGAACUCUCGUCUAAUCUGAGGCUGACUCCCCCAACAGAAGAUUCCAGUCAAAAGAGCCCAAAUCAGUUGGGAACCAGUGUUGAAACACCAGCAGCAGCAGCAGGUGAAAGGUCUAAAAUGUCCUCGCAGAUAUGUGGGAACCAGGUUGAAUUGCAGAAUUGCAGAAAGAUUACGAACUCAAAGACUGAUCCUCUCUGGAAGGUUCAGGUCCUGGUGAACCGAGUUCGAGAAGGGUGUCGUGCACUUAAAAGGCAAGGCAACCAUGGAGUUGACCAGUACCCCCUUCCGUUUCAGAGGCACCCGACUCACUCACUGCAUCACACGGUCAUGGUGAAUGUCGCUGGCUUGGUCAUGGACUUAAACCUGCGAAUCAAUGACUCGAACAGAGAAGAGGUAGUUGGGAAAAUGGUUAUCCGAGAAAAUGACGACGACCAAGGAAUGAUCUUCCUUUGCAAACCUGAACUAUCGACACCUUCCAUGUUGGAGCAUCUGCUAGAGGCAGGGGUGCGUAGCGCGGGCAAGGUUGGGGGUUCCAGGGGGCAUGUAGGGGAUGAGUUUGUGACGUCAGAUGGGAAACUGAAGUUGUUCCGAUGUCAUCAUGGAUUUAUCUUGUCUGCAGUUAUGAAGGAAAAGUUCCGUUCCACGUCGCUGGUCAGUGGAUUUGAGCGGGCGAUCAAGGCCGUGAAUCUAAACAGAGACUUGAGAAGUCUUUAUCGUACACCGUGCACCAGUGCUUUGCCCGGUGCCUGGCCAAUGUCCGUGCUUUGGGACCUUAUUGAUCUGGCUUUGGUUAACUCUUGGCUACAGUAUAAGGAAGAGCAUUGCCACGUUUCAGAGUCACUGUCGCUUAUGGAUUUCCGUCUGGAAGUUUCCAAAGCUCUAAUCCUUCCCAGCAGUACUGCCCAAGAAUCGUCUGCCCCCCAACCUCCAGCGCCAGAGCGGCCAAGCUCAAAUUCGUACGCAGGGCCGUCCGAUGACUUUGACACUCCUUUGCCUGAUGCAGCCACUCGGUACGACGGCGUCGGCCACUGGCCAGAGCAGCUCGCAGAGGGCGAAGAGGCCAGGUGUAGAUUUGGAGGAUGCGAGCGAACUUCUCGAGUACGCUGUCUCAAGUGUUGCGUUUUCCUUUGCAUUUCCCGCAAUCACAACUGCUUUUUAAAGUUUCACAGCCAGGGGACUGCAUGAAGUCUGUUCACUUCUACUUCCAUGAAAUUCUGUGUUAAGCCUGUUGGUACCACUUUAUAAAUGGUUUAUGAAUUAGAUUAUUAAGUAUUGUUGAUUAGGUUGUAAAUGCCUUAAAACCACUGAUAAGCAGUUACAAAACAUUAAUUGAAAAAUUUAAAAGGCAAUAGAAAUAUGUUGUUUGCUUAGUCAUCUAAUUCAUAGUAAAUAGUUAAACAUACUUACAAGUUACAAGUUUAAUGCUGAUUGAUGGAAAACACAAAGCAAGAUCAGUAUCUAGAAAGAUCUGAGGUUUGACAGUAGAAAUAAAUGUGGAAUCACUACUUUGCCAUUUUUUUUGUUUACUUUUCAAUGUUGUUAUUUAUUUAUUGACUGCUUAUUAAUGAGUUUUAAAGUAUUUGCAGCCUAAUCUUAUUUUAAAGUGGUACCAGCCUGUUAUUUGUACAGUUCUUCUUCAUUGUCUCAUUGUUAAAUUUAUUUAUUAAUGUUGAAGGGCCAUUUAUGAGUGUUGCACCUUUUUUUUUAAACAUGUAUGUAUUGCUUUUAAUACCUUUCUUUGCUCAUGUCCGCGGUAUGUGAAAAAAGGUGGAAUACAAAAAAUAUAUAGCUGUAAUUGUACAUUGUUAUUUAACCUGUAAGCAGGUGUAAGUUAUGGUUAAACGUUUGCACAGGUCUGCCAGUGAUGAAGUGAUGAGUGUUUAUUUAUAGUUGCAAUUUUAACGCUUAAAAAUGAAUGGUCAGAAUGUCUUUUUGUAAUUACUUGUAAUUCUUCAGUAAAAGACAUCAAUUUGCUGUUGCUUUGA